UGCUUGGUUGUCUUGAGUGUUUGCCUGAAAGUUUUGUCAUUGAAUACUUGGUUCUUCCAGUGCCUGUAUACGGCUUGUUCAUCUGUGUUCCUCUUCUCAGCUGUUCUCGAGGCUAAAUUCUACACCGGCUUUUUGUGUGGCAGAUUUUAUCCUGAGCAGUAAACAAGUGCCAACGACGUUGUGGCACAGCACCCGAACUGCCAACUGUCCAUUCAACAUCUUUUAUACUUGGGUCUCUUGCUACAUUUAUCAGUCAGUCUAAGCAAGCAUGGAUUGCAAGGUGCUGUCCAUCCAGAGUCACGUUGUUAGGGGCUACGUUGGGAACAAGGCAGCUACGUUUCCAUUACAGGUGUUGGGAUUCGAAGUUGACACAGUGAACUCUGUCCAGUUUUCAAACCAUACAGGUUAUGCACACUGGAAAGGUCAAGUUUUGAAUGCUGAAGAGCUCCAUGUUUUGUAUGAAGGCCUAAAGCUCAAUAAUGUUAAUCACUAUGACUACGUCUUAACUGGUUAUACAAGAGAUAAGUCAUUCCUGGAAAUGGUGGUGGAUAUAGUUCAGGAGCUGAAGCAUCAGAAUCCAAAACUGGUGUAUGUGUGUGAUCCAGUUCUUGGUGACAAGUGGAAUGGCAAAGCCUCUAUGUACGUUCCAGAGGAUUUGCUGCCAGUUUACAGAUAUAAAGUUGUGCCCGUUUCAGAUAUUAUAACUCCCAAUCAGUAUGAAGCAGAAUUGCUCACGGGUAGAACAUUCAGCACUGAAAAGGAAGCUUUAGAGGUGAUGGACAUUUUACAUGCCAUGGGACCAGACACUGUGGUGAUAACUAGUUCAGAUUUACCAUCCCCACAUGGAAGCGACAACCUGAUUGCACUUGGGAGCCAAAUAAAAACUAAUUCUGAUGGUUCCAAGGUAAAAGAGAGAAUCCGACUGGAGGUGCCAAAAGUGGAUGCUGUCUUUGUUGGAACAGGAGACUUAUUUGCAGCCAUGCUUUUAGCCUGGACACAUCACCAUCCAAAUAAUUUGAAGGUAGCUUGUGAAAAGACAGUAUCUGCUAUGCAACAUGUUCUCCAGAGGACCAUCACAAGUGCAAAAGAGAUUGCAGGAAAAGGAAACAAACCAACUCCAGCCCAGUUAGAACUUCGUAUGGUACAAAGUAAACGGGACAUUGAAAAUCCAGGAACUAUAAUACAUGCAACAGUUCUAUAAGAGCUGUAGAGCUACUGAUCACGCACAAUAUGUGUAUGUCCUACGUUUUCCUUGUAAUGUGACGUUUGCCUUAGAUCUGUAACACCUGAUUUCCAUGAAACAGUGGCCAGCAAAGAUUGAAAUGGAUGGAUGAACAGCUGCUCUGAGCAUGAUCCAAGAAGGAAAAUGAAGCUGGAAUGCCGCAGACACCUCCCAGUAAUAUGUUACUGCAUUCUUCCCUGUGAGUCAAAAAUGCCCUCUGUUGUUGCUGCUGUGGUAUGCAGCAGUCCUACAAGUAUCACUUUUGAGGACCGAGUUUAACACAAACCCGAUGGCAUUCUUUAUUUUCUGGGUCAUUAAGGGGUUCUGUGUAGUCAACAAUGAUGAAGAUGAUUCUGGCAUGUGGAUAGGGCGAGGUGCACUAAUAGUACUGUGCAAGAUAGGUUAUCUUCUGGGACAGUGAUACCAGGCGGGAUGGUAUUUAAGAAAGCAGAUUUUAAACAUAAUUCCUAUAUGAAUCAGUGCACUGCAUUUAUUUUUAUUUAGUUUUAAUAAGUAAGAAUCUGUUGUAUGUGUUUUGGUUAUUGUGUAUGAAUUAUACUAUCAGUUAUAUAACAUACAGCUAGAACUUCAAGAAUGUAUUUUAUGCAAGUGUGUGUGUGUGUGUGUGUGUGUGUGUGU